CACCAUUUCCUCCCGUUCCUCGUCAACCGCACGUCUGCGCCGGCAGCCUCAGGCAAAGGCAACCACGAGAAGGACGCACCGGUGACGCACAGCCGGGCAGCCGGCCGGCGGUUUCUCAGACUGCCACCACCGCGUCGCAAAAAUAGUAACGAAUUAGAUUAGGUCUCCUAGCUGCUAAGUAAUUGCUUUGGCACAAGAGCCAUUCAUUUGAUGCUGGAAGAAGAAGCUGGGCUCAGAAAAUGGACCAGAAAACCAACAGGAGGAAGAAGUCUCCCUUUGGAAGGACUCCUACUAUGAAGGGUAGGAAUUCUUCAUCGAGACACGGUGCUGAGCUCUCUAUGAACACUACAGUUGAUUUGAAAGAGAGACCAGAUCACUCACCCGUGGCUUCGCCGUCAGCAUCAUCUUCAUCCUUCUUCAAAAGUACAAGCCUGAAAUUCAGCAAUUUCAGUUCUCCUGCAUCAACCAGCACGCAUAUUGAGUCUUUUAGGGUAUUUGCAGCAACAUGGAACGUCGCCGGAAAGACUCCAGAUAUGGAGCUGAAUCUGAAUGACUUGCUGCCUUCUGAUGACCAUUCAGAUAUUUAUGUUCUAGGAUUCCAAGAGGUCGUCCCUCUCAACGCCGGGAACGUGCUUGUGAUCGAGGACAACGAGCCGGCGUCGAGAUGGCUCGCGCUCAUCAACCAGGCGCUCAACCGGACUUCGUCGUCGCCGCCGGCUAGCCGGUCCUUCAGCCAGUCCGCCUCUCCCGCUUCGGCACUCCACACGGCGAGCUCCAGCCCGCUCGACCCAUCGCUGUUUCACAAGAACGGGUCCUCCCCCAGAGAGGUUCGCCGCGCCGCCAUCACCCGCGGCCGCCGGCUCAAGUCGUGCACUUGCCCCGCGGAGAGGCCGCCCCGGCGCCGGCCGUACUCCAAAUCGUCGUCGUCCUGCCUGAUGAUGCGCUGUGGCAGCAGCAAAAACCGGCGCCGGUAUGCUGUCGAGGGCGACACGACGACGUCAGACGAGGAGGACAUGGACGUCGUCGUGGACGGCGGUGGGGAGGCAUCGUCCAUGGCGUCCGACGCCACGCUGUUGCUGCGGCCGGCGGCGGCGAACCUGCAGAGGAGGUACUGCCUGGUGGCGUGCAAGCAGAUGGUGGGUCUCUUCGCAACGGUGUGGGCGCGGCGGGAGCUGGUGGCGCACAUCGGCCACGUCCGGCUCAGCUGCGUCGGCCGCGGCAUCAUGGGCCGCCUUGGCAACAAAGGGUGCAUCUCCGUGAGCAUGUCGCUGCACCAGACGUCCCUGUGCUUCGUGUGCAGCCACCUCGCCUCUGGCGAGAAGGACGGCGACGAGCUCCGCCGCAACUCCGACGUCGUCGAGAUCCUCAAGAACACCCAGUUCCGCCGCGUCUGCAAGCGCUCCGGCCGGCGCAUCCCGGAACGAAUCCUCGACCACGAUCGCGUGAUCUGGCUCGGCGACCUGAAUUACCGGAUCGCGCUGAGCUACGCGGAGGCGAAGAAGCUGGUGGAUGCCGGCGACUGGGCGGCGCUGUUCGAGAAGGAUCAGCUCAAGACGGAGAGGGAGGGCGGGGUGUUCCGCGGGUGGAGCGAGGGCGUCAUCACCUUCGCGCCGACGUACAAGUACUCGUGGAACUCCGACAGCUACUACGUCGGCGAGGACGACGACGGCGCGGCGUCGAAGAAGAAGACGAAGCGGAGGACGCCGGCGUGGUGCGACCGGAUCCUUUGGCGCGGCGACGGGAUCGUGCAGGUGGCGUACGUCCGCGGGGAGUCCAAGUUCUCCGACCACCGCCCCGUGUGCGGCGCAUUCAUCGUCGAGAUCGCCGUCCUCGACGGCACGGCCAAGAUGGUGAAGCUCGUCGCGGCAACGGCCAGCAUGAAGGUCGGAGCGGAGGAGCUCCUCCUACCUCGGCAACCGUAGCUAGAAUCGGGCAUCAAUUUGCGCAAGUUGGUGCCAAGAAGCUCAUCGCAUCGCAUCUCGUUGCGUACGCCACUGAUAAUCUAGGAGAUAGCUCGGCGCGUACUGAUGCGUGAACCGCUGUUGUUUCUUUGUGCUUUCAAGAUUCAGUUCUGACACCAAAUGCUAUAGAAACCAAAUCGCUCUCUCUGACACCAAAUGUUAGACUAAAUCCCUCAGCUCUAAUCUGCAUCUCUGAACUGAAUGUGUGUAACUAGUUUACAGAAAACAAUUUCAUAUAUUAAUUAUUAUACAAGA